UUCCUCGUCAUGUUCGGCUCGUAUGAACCUUUCUCUUUUACAGUAUCUCUCUGCUUUAAGACCACUUGAAGAUCGAAAAAGUUUCCUCAACGUCAUUGCUUUUCUCUACACACACAAGGCUGGUGAAGGUUUGCUGAUUGUUGCUGCAGAUCCAAAAUAACCACAUCACACGGAGUGGUGCUACAUCUCUCAGAGUUGGAUUUUAAAUGCUGCUCAUCUUUGGGAAUUAAUUCUCUGUGAUGUUCAACUUUGAAAUACUUAAAUAUGCAUCCACCUCGUCUUGGAUGCAAUUAGUUUUGUUUGAUGGGCUGAUUGAUCAGGUAACUUAAGAUGGCAUCAGUGGCGGACCAGAAGGACGAGAGCAUCGUGCAAGUUAUGCGAAGAUUUCCAAAACAAAUCUUGUCAUCCAUAAACAUCAAUGUCAGCUCGUUCAUGGUCGGUGUUUCCGUGUCAUCUGUGGCUGUUAUUGUGGGGAGGCUUGAAGAAGGGAAUGAUGUGAUUCAAACUACUCCAGAAGAAGCUUCUUGGAUCGAUCCAAAUUUCGACCAUCCAUCUUUCUAGUCAGCUCUCUCAUGUUGGGGAUGAUGGCGUCAUCCUUCUUUUGUGGUCAUAUCGCCCAUCUAUUCGGACUCAAAACAUGUGCUAUCCUCACAAACCUGACCUUCUUGGUCGGCUUCCUUAUGAUUUUGUUUGGAACAAGCGUUAUCACUUUGUCCAUAGGGAGAUUCGUCUUAGGUGCCGCGGCCAUUGGCAACCGAAUGUCUGCCCAGCCUUUGAAUUGUGAGUUUAGUAAUCCAAAAAUUCGGAGCUUUACCGGGUGUAUCUGGUUGAUGACUUACUCAUUGGGUCAAUGCCUCAUCUACCUUUUGGGUGCUUUCCUGCCUUGGCGAUGGGCGAUUGGGAUCACCCUCAUCCCUUUGAUUCUAUCCACAUUUGGCAUGUUUCUCAUGCACGAAAGUCCAGUGUGGCUUUUGACGCAAGGCCAAGUGGAGAAGGCCGAAUUGUCAUUGAGAUUCUAUGACCGAAGUGAAAGCGAAGCCAUCGAGGAGAUUAAGUCCAUUAAGGAAGUCAUGACAGUGGAACAGUACGAGACAAAGAAAUUGUCAUUUGGGGACCGGCUGAAAUUGAAAUUGGUCAUGAUAAGGGAGCCCAGUUUCGUCAAACCUUGUCUUUAUUUGAUUAUGGUUUUGAUCACUAUGGAAUGGAGUUGCUUCCCAUUCAUUUCCAGCUAUUUGGUCUCGAUCUUUAAGGCCACAAAAGCUCCUUUCGACCCCUAUGUCAUGUCCAUUUUUGCCACCUCGGCGAGAUUUGCGGCCUCUUUGGCGAGUGGGGCCAUCCUACCAAAGUUUCCUCGGCGAAACAUUUUUCUUACUUCAGCAGUGAUUCUUCUGGUCUGUUUGAGCACUCUAGGAACUUACGCAUAUCUCCAGCUUCAUGAUAUUUGGCCUGAAUACCUUCAAUACCUUAGCUGGCUUCCAUUGUUCGCUAUCAUUGUUAUCUAUCUGUCUUCCUCCAUUGGAUACAUGAACAUUAAUUUACUUCUCAUCGGGGAGAUCCUACCCGCUGAAUCCAAAAGCUUGGGCAACGCCAUCGUGACCUCAUUCCAAUUCGUGGCGUCGUUUUCAAUGGUGAAAAGUGUGCCAUUUUUAUUGGAAACCUUGGGCAUUUACGGCUUGUUUUGGUUAUUUUCUGGCGUGGUGGGCUUUGUGAUCUUUUUUGCUACUCUCUUCAUGCCGGAAACGCACGAACUGUCCUUGGAAGAAAUUCAGAAGAAUUUUGGAAAAUCGAGUUUAGAAAAAACCACCAAGAUCCAGCUUGAUGCUUAAGCAAUGAAAUGUGUUUGAAAAUAACAAAACUCAUACAAUU